UGUCGCGAGCAGGAGCGGCCCGGAAUCUUGGCCGAAUCGCGGGGACGCCUCCCGGCCCGCAGCCGCCCUGGAAACGCCGGGAAGGGAAGGGAAGAGAAGGGGAGACAUUGGUCAAAAUCCUCCGUAGCAUGGAAGCGGGGAGGGGCCGGGGGGUCUUGGUGCCCAGGCGUAGCUGGUACCUGGCGCGGUCGCGCGCCUGGUAGUUUGGAGGGAACAGAAACGCGGUUUUCUGAGCUGGCGCAAUGAAGGAAAUGUGGGCGCGAUGGAAGAUGGCACAGCCGUGGAGGAGCCGGGGUGAUGCCUUGCCCGAAGGUUAAACGGGCGAGCGAGCCAGUAAAGGACGGGCUCCCUCGCCAGCGGCUGUUAAUCCUCCUGCCUGCAGGGCCCAGGCCGCUGCCAGCCAGCCUCUCCGUGCCCUGCUUGGGUGCUUCUAAUCCUUACCGAGGGAUGAGAGGCUGAAUUAGCGAGCCUCCGAACAGCUCUAAUGGAAAUGCACCUACCUUCUGGCCGCCUCCUUCGACACAAGUCGCAGAGAAGAGUUUCACGAAGGGCUUUCCUGUGAAACGUUUUUGCUCUUAAAAGCGGUCAGAACUGCCUUGUAUAACUUGAAGGUUUUGUUUGCUGUCUUUCUUAUUUAUAACAACAGUGUUAUUGGAAUCAUUCUGUGAAUGUUGUUACGUGGAACAACAGAACCCCCUGUUCUUUAGGUAGUUCUCUGUACUGAUCUUUACCUGAGAUGCUUGUGCCAGCCUGAAAUAAUUGGCUUAAUGUGGAAAACACGGGUUUCUUCCCAACUUUAAUUCAGGGAAAAUGUCCAAGGACUAAGUGAGAUUUGUCAAAGGCACACAGGCUGGCAGAUACGACUAAGGAGGAUCUGCCAUGAAAGAGUAUGGGCUGGUGCCAGUUAGAAGGGGUGGGACUGGACCAGUGAUUUGACCUCUAUGUACAGCAGUCACGUGACAAACCUAGCUUGGUUUAGGUUAGCUGAAACUUGGCGUAAUCUAUUAAGUCACUGGCUUUGCAUGGCACUGAAUCUCAUAAGCUGUGCUUGUGGAACCUGGUAGGUUAAAGUGUGGUCUCUUGAAAGUCAGUGUGUUGAGAGAAAACAGCCUUUGUGCUUCUCUUCAUGGAUAUGCAGCUGUUUGGAUCUGAUGUAGGGUUAGGGUGCUGGGUUCCUGUGUCCUGUCUUAGGCUUGCCCUGUAGCUGGGCAAACCACAACUUUAAGGAACGAGUGCACCCACGCUAGAACCACGGUUACCCUCCUGCUUCAGAUUGGAAGAGCUAUGCACCCCUAGUUCUUAACAACUGUCUGUUCCACCUGCUGCUAUUUUUUAUUUUCUAGUUCAACAAUGGCAGAGCUUUUCAUGGAAUGUGAAGAGGAAGAGCUUGAACCCUGGCAACAAAAAACAAAGCCCAUUGUUGUCGAUGACGAUGAUGACGAUGAGCCUAUCUUUGUUGGGGAGUUUGUGAGCUCCAAACCAACCAAUACCUAUAUAUUGAACAGGGUGAACCCGAAUUCAUCACGAAUUGGAGUGCAGAAUGGUGCCCCCAAAAGAGGUGCUGUGGCUGUUUCUCCAGGGUUUCUCUCUGUGGGCAGACCGGCAACAAGUACUCUAGCUGUUCAGCCGCAGCCGCGCAUCAGCAGCAUCUCGGGAACCUCUCAAGUCUUGCCGAGGCCGCUUUCGGGAUGUUCGUCACCGCAGGAAGGAGCCAAGUCCGGUGCUGGGAUCUCUCAGCCGGUCAAUAAGUCUGCCCCUCCCCCGUCGUUGUCACGGAACCUUCAUAUUCCUGCAUCAGCUCAGUCUGCCUCCAGGCCAGUGGCCACCGUAACAGCACAACCCAUUGCGCUGAAUCGGGUUAUGCCAGACAAAACUUCCGGCCUGACCUUUAGUGUAAGGCAGAAUUCAGGAGGGUUGCAAUACCAGAGUGUGUCACCCAUGAAUACAACGGGUGUUGCUUCAAGUAACGUUAAGAAUGGAGCCCCUUUUCCGCAAGCAUGCCCAAAAUGCAAUAUUCAUUUUAACCUUUUGGAGCCAUUGAAAAAUCAUGUAAAGUAUUGCUGUCCCGAUAUGAUGCACACCUUUCUGGGAGUAACCAAAAUGGACUGCUCAGGUAUAUCACCUAAGAUUGCUGAAACAGAAAAAGGAAAAUUGAUCAUGUUAGUUAAUGACUUCUACUAUGGCAAGCACGAGGGAAACCUCCAGCAGGUGCGUCAGGAGCAGAAAACGCAUACGACUUUCAAGUGUGCCAGCUGCAUGAAGGUCCUCAAAAGUAACAUCAGGUUCAUGAACCACAUGAAGCACCACUUGGAGCUGGAGAAGCAGAACAGCGAGAGCUGGGAAAGCCACACCACCUGCCAACACUGCUAUCGCCAGUUCCCCACGCCCUUCCAGCUGCAGUGCCACAUUGAGAGCACCCACACGCCCCACGAGUCCUCCACUAUAUGCAAAAUCUGCGAACUUUCUUUUGAAACCGAGCAAGUUCUGUUGCAGCAUAUGAAAGACAAUCACAAGCCUGGGGAAAUGCCUUAUGUCUGCCAGGUUUGCAACUACAGAUCGUCAGCAUUUUCAGAUGUGGAAAAACACUUCAGAUCCAUUCAUGAAAACACAAAGAACCUGCUUUGUCCAUUUUGCCUUAAAGUUAUUAAAAUUGGGGCACCUUAUAUGCAUCAUUUUAUGAGACAUCAGAAAAAGGGAGUACAUCGCUGCACCAAAUGUAGACUCCAGUUCUUGACGUGCAAAGAAAAACUGGACCAUAAAUCUCAGCAUCAUCGGACAUUCAAAAAACCUGCUCAGUUAGAGGGUUUGCCUCCAGGAACCAAAGUUACAAUUAGAGCUUCUGUUGGGUCUCUUCAACCCGCAUCUGUGACGGCGUCUCCUGCAAGCACAAACACGUCCACCUUGCUGUUGUCUCCUGGCAUUAAAGUGGCAAAUAGCAAGAUUCAGAACAAGUUGAAUGCAAGCAAGGGGAAGGCAAAACUGAAGCCGCUGAGCAUGCAGAAGAAGCCGAUUCUGGGGGGGAGCAGCGGUGGGGGGAGCAAGAGCAGCAGCAGCAGCAGCAGCAGCAGCAGCGGCAGCAGCGGUGGCGGCAGCAAGAAAACCAAUAAGAUUGCAAACACAGCAUUAAAUAAUCUACGGUGUCCCGAUAUUCAGAAAUGCAUUGAGUGUUAUUCGGACAUCCGGACUUUUGCAAGUCACUUCCCAGCAUACGUCCGCUGCAGCUUGUGCAGAUACAGCACCAGUUGCAGUAAAGCUUAUGUGAAUCACAUGAUGAGCUUUCAUAGCGCUCGUCAAACUAAAAGAUUUUGGAUUUAUAAGACACAUUCCGAUGAACUGAGGGGCACUACUGUGGUUUGUCUUAACUGUGAUUUCCUGACGGAUGUUUCUGGCUUGGACAAGAUGGCCACCCACCUGAAUGAAAGUCAGGCUCAUACUUGCCAAGUGAUUGUAGAACGUGUUCCCUUGGAUUACUUAACUGCUGCUGACCUUUCUGGCCUAGCAAAGGAUGCAUUAUUGAAAAAUGAAAUUGAAGAAAAGUCAGAGAAAUAUUCAGUGCCCACUAUAUGUGAAAAGCAAGGAGAAGCAUACAUUUCAGAAAGCCCACAGGUGAAAGGGUCUGCGAGAGAAACAAAUGCAGAUCUUCCCGGAAAACAGAACACUGACACUGCUUUAGCUGCUCACAGUGAAGAAACUAAAUGGCCAGUUUCAGAAAACAGAUUUAGUUCAGAGUUUCAGACCCGUUCCAGUAGCCCUGCACGAAGAGGGGUGUUGGGGGUCCUUGGAAAUCAGCCUGAUGAAAGUACUCUAAUGGCUGGGUGUGAAGGAAAGCAGUCUCCCACCAGCGAAGACAUUUCUGGCCCAGAACCUGAAGCCUGCUCAGAAGACCCUGCAGGAGAAAGCAGUGUUAACAGCCUGGGAAACCACACAGAUGGAGACCUUUUAGUUGCAAAAGGGGAAGGCAACAUGUUGCUGUCAGCUGCAGCCAUUUCAGAACUCCGUACCUGUUCCAAAGGCAGCAGCAUAAAGGGUUCUGCAAAUCCAGAGGAUCCCGGUCUUUCAGCUGCUGAAAAUAAAGGCAAUUUGUCAGUCCCAGAAGGUGCUUGUGGCUCAGAGUUCGCAGCCAGUCCAAGUAGCAUGGUAGGUCCUGCAGGGAACUGCCCCCCAAAUCAGAGUGACCGUGGCCCUCUGGCUGCUGAGCAUGAAGGCCACGCAGCUGCUUCAGAAAGUUUCUGUGGGUCAGUGCUCACACCCUGCUCAAGUGAUCCCACAGUGCCUGAAGCAGCAAGGGGUGCAGACGCUUUGAGAAAUCAAAGUGAUGUUUGUCUUUUGGUUGCCAAGCAUGAAAGAACAGAAAAUGCCUCUGCUUUAGGAGAGUCAGCUCAUUCAAAUGAUUCUGCAGACCUUGCAGGUGAAGGAGAUGAGGACAGAAUUGAGGGUGGGGCUAACACAGUCUCUCUCACUGCACUAUGUGAAGAAAGGAUCUCUGAAUCGGUUGGAGAAGAGUCCUCCAUUGCCGAGCUCCAGACCUUUUCAAAAAACUCUGCAACCGGAAGGGUGAAGGAUCCUGUUGGAAAUCCAGCUGCUGAUGAGCAUGAAGUCAGUCCCUCUUCUCCAGCUGUGAAAAACACUACCACUCCAGGGUUGCAAGCAAGUGCGUCGGAGAGUUCUUGUGGAAAGGCGGUCUUGGACAAGCAAGGAGGAGAAGCAGAAUCAACAGAACUUGGAAGCAAUAAAAGCAGUGCUCAUUCAGAGCAGGCCAGCUUUGACGUCCAGUCAAAGGUGACUGAUUUGGAUGAAGCUCAGCUGGCAGACAUGACCAUGGAUAGUACCCAGUUGGCAUCCAGUGAUGAAGAGGUCAGCUUUGAACAGUUCCUGCGAAGAAGGGGAGAACUUGACUCCGCUCAUUCAGAUGCAAGUGAGCAAGGUAGCGUUCAUCUGGAACCGCUGACUCCCUCGGAGGUCCUUGAGCACGAGGCCACCGAGAUCUUGCAGAAGGGAGGAGUUCCAGCCUCAGCCAAGAAAGCUGGGCUAGGUUCUGAGCCAGCUGACGUUCCUUCCGGAGGUGGCAGCCCAAGCCAGGAGGACUCAUCUGUGAGCCAGGAGGAAGAAAGUGAUGAAGCCAGCUGAAGGAGGGUUUUUGCCUUGGCGGAAGACAGAACAAGCAAGGCAUGGUUGCUGCUUGCCCAUGGCAAAUUAGGUAAGCAGACACGCGGAGAUCAGAGAGCCCAGAAGAAGCCAGUGCCUGCUUGCAAUAAUCUUAAUCCGUGAAGCCAGAGGAAAAGGUGUUAUUGGAUGCAAAGUAAGGGCUCUGUAGAAACCACAUUUUUAAAAACUACUUGGGUGGAUAUGUGCCGGAAGAACACUCAGAAGGGAACCCUGGGCUGGAGGUUGCAUUCCCACCCCAUCAACAGUGACAGUUUGGAACUCGGCACCUCUGGAUUGGCGUGAUCUUACGAGAGGCUAAGCUCACCUUAAACUUUCAGUGAAAGUGGAUGGUUAUAAAUAUAUUUGUGAGUUUCCCUGUGUGCAAGCAGAACAAAACUGUACAAAUCUGUUUGUAGGAAAGAUGGCGUAUGAUGGGGCCCCUGGCUUUUCCUUUGGGGCAGUUACUCUUUUAUUCUUCCUGUUAACGGCAGGCCCUGAAAACACAAAGUGGCUUGAAAGAAAUGCAAAGCUGAAAAGAUGUAACCCUGUUACCAAAAGAAAGAAGAAACUUGGAAGCAUUUAAAUCAGGUAUUAGAGGGGGCCUUUUGGAUCUAAAUUUAUGUAAAACAAAUUGAAGUGAAAUUAUGGGGUGGGGUGGGGUGGCAUGAAAAUCCUUUUGAUAUACUGUAGCUAGUGAAGGAAUGCAUAACAUGAUUUAACAGCAAUUUGCUUUUUAAAUAUUAACACGCAUAACUAAAAUGCUCCAUCUGAAUCUUGUAGAAGUGAUUUUGGACUUGAGGUUUGUUUUUAUGAACUUAAAUGUUUUGAAUUUCCGUUAAGACACUGAUGUACAUAUUUUGGAGUAAAUAUUUGCAAGAAAAUAUUACG